ACCAGUAGAGGCGGAAAUGGCCCGGAGAUUACCGAACGAUAUUCGUCUCUCUCGUUUUUCAAUUCUAUCAGUUCCAACGGUGUCGGUUGAGAAAGGCGAAGCUAAAAAUCACUGGAGUCCUUUUACAACUUCACAUAAUUUUAAAUUAUCGCCUCGAGACCGAGUAAUUCCUUAAAACUAUAAUUUUUAAUUAUCUCAACUGAGAAAAUAUUUCUUGAGAAUUAUUUUUUUCCAUUUAAAGUUAUAAAUUUUAUGAUGAGUACUAAUCCACUGAAAUGGAAGCUUCGUACCCUGUUGUAUUUAUUCUUCGCAUUAUUCGGAUUUUAUGUAAUUUUUUUAUUAAAAAAAAAUCAUCAUUUUGUUUCUGAGUUCACCAUUAAAAACACGAGGGCUGAGACUGUCUGGGAAUUUGUGGCCGAUUUCAGUAAUAUGUUGAAGUUGAAUCCAACAAUUGAAGAAUUUGAUAUUAUAAACGAAAGUGGAAAUUACGAUCACUGGAAAUAUUCCGUCAAAUACAAAGAGCAUCUUCAUCAUAUGCCUGCGAUAAAAAACGUGGCACGUGGACACUUCUCAAUCAGACAGGACGGAAAUUCCUAUACCAUUAUGUCAAAUCAUGAAACGUGUUUUUUCGACGGUUUUAAUUGUGUGAACUCCAUAUCAAAAUUCACAUUUUCGCAGUCAGAUGAGGAUACAAAAUGUGUGGAGACGAUCCUGUACGAAUGCCCAUUGGCAUUUUCACAAUUUUGUUACCGAGAAGUUGCUUAUCAGAGGAAUGAAAUCAUGACGAGAUUGAAGCGACAUUUUUCCCUUGUCAAUGUUCAUACAGAGGAGGACAAAUGAACUAUUUUGAAAUUAUUUUCAAUUAGACUAAUAUUUUUCCGAUAAACUUAAAAUAGUACCGUAAUUUAGAAUGUACUAUGGCGUAUGUCUGAUUUUUUCUGAAUAUAUAUAUUGUUUAAGUUCGUAAAUAAGUUUAUGUUUAGACCCAAUGUCGAGUAAGAUCCAGAUCUUCCUCGAAAUGGUGGGAAAUCCCUGUGGAUGUCCAUCUAAUCUUUCAUCUUCUGAUUUAUUCCCAGGAGGUACAUCCUACUUUUACUAAACUUACAUUUUAUGACAAAGUUUUUAACUAUUAUUAUUAUUAUUAUUAUUUAUUUUUUUUGAUAUUACAAUUUUUUUUUUGUUUUACAUCCUCCCCAGCCUCUCUUAAAAAUUUCUUCUAUUUUAACUUGGAUAUUCAUAUCUAUAGCUCUAUAUAAACAAAAACAAAUGUCCUUAUUAUUC